AUGCUCUUACAGAAACAUCCUGAGUCCGUCCCAAAGGUCGCAGUCGCCGGCAUAACAUUCGUAAAGAAAGGGAAAGGAGAGCCUCCAUGCGAGUGCGUCAAUUGCAGUUCACAAUUCCUCAGCGUGAACCAACAGGACUACGACAGGUUCAGAUACAUGACCACAGUCACACCUGCAGCUGCGAAGACUUCACUCGCCAACUUCAUCAGCCAGAUCGACGCCGAUAGAGCCUAUCUUACCGACCUAUGCAAGAACUUUGGAAACACGAUCAUAAGCAGAUGGAGAAAGAAGAGCCGAAACAAGCGCGAGGCUCUCUUGCUACUAGCCGACCUGACUAUCGAGAAGAAGCCGUGGUUCAGACUUUGGAUCGAAGGCGACAUUGCUACAUGGCAGGAGUUGCGUGAGCAUAGAAAGAGUUGGCUGCUGCCUUACAUGAGCACUGCAAUCAUGAAGGCAAACCCAUCGGUCCUUCUGAGUCUGCUGCACCAACGUGUCCAUCACUCGCCAGAAGAGUGGGCGCCCUUUGACAGCCACCAAUUCAGGCAGGCCUGGGCUCUUGGAUACUUCGACUUGGAGUACUGUGGCAAAUACUGUGUCGUCAUGCAUGGUGUCGACUACGGCAAGCUCGUUCCCUGGAGCAAGAAGGCCGCAGAGAGCUCGGACAUCGUUGGCUAUCCACGAGCUCUGUUAAUCAUCGAGGCGCAGGCUCUGAUGUUCUCCCGACUCCGUGCCAUCGUGGAUCUUAUCCUGGAAGGAGUCGAUCGCAACACUGCGAGCGCUUCUGACAAGUGGCAAGAGAUGGUACGAGCCGGAUUCAAGCAGUCCAACAAUAUCGAGCUGUGGUCGGACUAUGUCAAUCAACCUUUCUCCGCCCCUCCCGAGUUUGACGUUGAUUACUACUGCUCUAUCGCAGAAGCUCGAAUGCAGGCAGCACAUGACCAUCUUUGGCUCCUACAGACGGAUCUCUCUUACUUUCGCCGCUUCGUGAGAGUCUUAGCGGUUGGUGAGGUAUACCGGACUCCCUGGAGAUAUGUGCUCAUCGCCAAGGACAUCCAUCUAGCCGUGGAAGAUUAUCUGGUCUGGCGCGGAUUGUUUGACGAGUGGUCUUCUGUCCGCAACCACUACCGUCGGUUCCGAGACAGCAUUUAUCCAGGUCAGCCGCUCCCACGCCGUCUCGAGUCAAGUCUCAUUCUUCUGGAAUCGACUCUUCUCACCAGAGUGGACCUGAAAAUCAAGCAUCUAUCUGGCUACAUCUCGCAACGGCCAGGGUUCCAGCACAUCUGGGAGUGGACUAUGUUGAGCACGCCCCCAAGCAAACCGGGAAAGCAAAUGUUUGCCGCAACACGCAAGACUGAUAAGGGGCCUGCUUACGAACAAUACUGUAAAGAUACACUUGACUGGACUUUGACAGAGCUCCAGAGUAGGCCAAACGAUGAUUCUCGCUUUGACCAUUCUGAGCUCUUUGCCAGGCUCGAGGCCCAUCUAGCCGAGGCCAGUCCUGAGGAGCGCGCACGGCUAGACGAGACAGUCUACGCAAAGAUGUCAGACUUUACAGCACAACACGAGAUGCUCUUCGCUCUACGGCUACAUCGUCCAGCAUUUGCACAUCCAGGAAUCGAAGAAGUCCGGAAAUUGGCUAAGGAGGACUCAACCCUUUCAACGAGACUCUUGGUCAUAGAUGCUGCGGCAUACAAGUCAAAGCUGCAUGCAUUCUCCGCGGAAAGCAUCAAACUACUCGAACAAUCAACACCCGCAGUCGGUUGUAAGAACGAAGCAUGGCUCGAAAGCAGGACUGCCGAACGCAUAAUUCUCAACAAAUUCUGGGAAGAGGCGCGUGUGACUUUCCGUGGGGAAUUGACGUUCACAAGCAUGGAACAGGAAGAGAUUGACGACGCUAUCUCGGUCAUCUCUGUUUCAAAAAGCACCGAGUAUACCGAGAUAGUCCAGAAUGAGCGCUUGCAGGUGUCAGCCGCCAUCGCAGCUGCAGCAGCUCUGACCAAAAACACCACGAACAUCAUGACUGAGGCAGCCUCUUGGGAGACCGGCCCAGACGUGUCGACACUAGCCAUUGAAGAACGAGCAGUCAAACCAAAGACACGUCCACUUCAACCAGCCAGCGCAUCGGUCAACGAUGCAGUACCUCUGGAGCCUGGUUUCGACACAAAGGUCGAGUUCGUCGCUGAUCAGCAGCGAAUCGCAGCAACCACCCGCGCCCUCGAAGUUAUCAGAAAGAUGUAUCCAACCUCUACCGAAGAAGUUUCAGCAAAGGAUACAGACUGGGACCUGUUCGUCCACGCGAUGAAUGACCUCAAUUUCAACGCUCGUAACGUCGGUGGCUCGGGUGUUGCCCUCGAGCAUCCUUCCAAGAAGAAGAUUAUUGUCCACCGUCCGCAUCCAGUGGCCAAGAUUGACAGUAUCAUGCUGCAGUCCGUGGGAAAGAGACUCCAGAAGCACUUUGGCUGGAGCAGGGAAACUUUUGUGGGUGUUUGA